AUGAUUACCCUGAAGCGGCGGUGUUCCUUGCUCGUGCCCACCCGGGGCUCCGAGAGCCUCCGAGCCCGCGGCAGCAUCCCGGUCCCCCCCCUCCCGCUGUGGUGGUAGAUCCCGGCGCUACGGCGUCCGAGCAAGGCCGAAAGGUCCGCGGCCGGCGGUUCGCGUUUCUCGUGUUGCCUUGACUGACAGCUGCUCCGCCGUGCGGCGGCGCGCACAGGUACGGCGGUUCUAGCGGGCUGGGGUCCCGCUGGCCGGAUCGCAAGCCGACUGGAGCCAAGAGGUGGUUAACAAGUGGUGGUGGCGCAGCCGGAGAGCGGGCUGCCGACUGUCCACGGCCAAGGCGGUCUUCCCGCCUCCUGGCCCGGACUCCAAGGGGUCUCGGUCUGGAGCCCUUACCCGAGGUGCCCAGGCAGAGUCCGGGCCUUGGAGUUUGGGGCGUCCUUCUCUUCGGCCGCUGCAGAACCGUCGGCGGUACGGUGUCCCGAGCCCCGACGGCGGCCUCCCGCGCUCAGUACAGUCCUCUCCUCUGAGAAGGGUCUUUUCCUGGGGAGAGGAGCAGGGCGGUGGUCCGGGAAGGCGUCAUGGAGGAGGCACCCUAUGAACAGACCUUCUAACCUCUUUUUCCCGGGAUAUUUGGCUCAGACGCGGAGAUUGCGUGCGAGACUGCUAGUGGCCACAGAGCUGAAGCGCUGCAGCAUGGCGCGCGGCUGCCUCCAGGGCGUCAAGUACCUCAUGUUCGCCUUCAACCUGCUCUUCUGGCUGGGUGGCUGUGGUGUCCUGGGUGUUGGCAUCUGGUUGGCUGCCACACAGGGAAACUUUGCCACCUUAUCAUCCUCAUUUCCAUCCUUGUCGGCUGCCAACCUGCUCAUCGUCACCGGGACCUUCGUCAUGGCCAUCGGCUUCGUGGGCUGCAUUGGGGCCCUCAAGGAGAACAAGUGCCUACUGCUCACUUUCUUUGUGCUGCUGCUGCUAGUGUUCCUGCUGGAAGCCACCAUUGCUGUGCUCUUCUUUGCCUACAGUGACAAGAUUGACAGUUAUGCCCAACAAGACCUGAAGAAGGGCCUGCAUCUGUAUGGCACACAGGGCAACGUGGGCCUCACCAAUGCCUGGAGCAUCAUCCAGACUGAUUUCCGAUGCUGUGGAGUUUCCAAUUACACUGAUUGGUUUGAGGUAUACAAUGCCACUCGUGUGCCUGACUCCUGCUGUCUGGAGUUCAGUGAUAGCUGUGGGUUACAUGAACCUGGUACCUGGUGGAAGUCGCCCUGUUAUGAGACAGUGAAGGCCUGGCUCCAGGAGAACCUGCUAGCUGUGGGCAUCUUUGGACUGUGCACGGCACUGGUGCAGAUUCUGGGCCUCACCUUCGCUAUGACCAUGUACUGCCAGGUGGUAAAGGCGGACACCUACUGUGCAUAGGUCUCACAGCCUCUGCUUCUCUGCCAAAGGACCCGCCCACGGGAAGGAAGAUGUCCAAACCCGCUCCCCCUGCAGGACUGGUGUUCUGCUGAAUGCAGGGGGAAGAGCUGGAGGCCAGAGCACCCAGCAUCCAUCCCUGCACCUGAGGGCACUCUGCUUGGGUGGCAGCAGACACCAGACUAUAGAGUUGGUGCCAAAUGGCACCCAGGGCUAAGGGCCCAGGGAACUUUGACACUUUUUAUAUCCAUAUAUACCUUCCAGUGUUCACACAGGAUGGGGUUCCCAGCCUUGCAUGGUUGCUAGGUUGGGGGCAGGCCCAGUCUGCUCAAGGCCCACGAUGAUCUUGGUGCUCCAGGCAGGGCCAGGUCCCAUGAUCCACAUUCCAUGACAGUGUCGUGGUUCCAGAUGCAUCUUAAUAAAGUGUGUGAGCAGACUGUGGGUCUUGCCAACACACAAAGGUUGUACAGCCUUCAA